GCGUAACCAGAGGCGCUGAUACAUCACCUGGCCCUCUCCGGGACAGGUGCUGACCGGGACACGGCACCCGGACACAGGCAGCACUACGUCUCCUGCCCGGGCACGGGCCGGACCGGACCGGACCGGCUCUCCAGAGAGGGGUUCUCGGGGUGAGAGGAGGCGGCGGCGGCCAUGGAAGAGGCCAACUGCUCGGAAGGGGUGUUCGCGGCACUGGAGUGCUCCUUGGAUUCUUGCCAGGAGCUGUGCAGUGUGGUCCAGGUGAGCAACCAGAACGCGACGCUGGCUCUCCUGCCCCCCUGGAGGGAUCCAGACUUUUACAUUGGCCUGGCCUUGGCCUCCGUCUCCAGCAUCCUGAUCGGGAUCAGUGUCAUCCUCAAGAAGAAGGGGCUGCUGCGGCUGGCUGAUGAUGGCAGAGUUAGAGCAGGAGAAGGUGGUCAUGGUUACCUGAAGGACUGGAUGUGGUGGGCGGGUCUGCUGACCAUGGGCGGGGGAGAAGCGAUGAAUUUUGCUGCGUACGCCUUCACUCCGGCCACUGUUGUCACUCCGCUUGGAGCACUCAGCGUCCUCGUCAGCGCACUUCUGUCAUCCUAUCUUCUGCAGGAGAGCCUUAACCUGUUGGGGAAGCUGGGCUCUGUGCUCUGCAUCCUGGGCUCCACCAUGAUGGUCAUCCACGCCCCACAUGAGGAGGAGGUGAAGACGUUGGAAGAAAUGGCCCAGAAACUGAAAGAUCCAGGGUUCCUGGUCUUCGCCUGCCUUUUACUGAUAGCCAUACUGCUCCUCAUCUUCUACGCGGCUCCCAGGUACGGGCACGCCAAUGUCCUGGUUUACAUCUCCAUCUGCUCCCUCAUUGGUGCUUUCUCCGUCUCCUCCGUGAAGGGCAUCGACAUUGCCAUCAGAGCGUGUUUUGCCAAUAUGCCAGUUUACCGGCACCCGCUAACCUGGAUCCUCACCCUCUCGCUGCUAGUCUCCAUCGUCACGCAGGUCAACUACCUGAACAAAUCCCUGGACGUGUUCAACACCUCAGUGGUCUAUCCCAUCUAUUACGUGUUCUUCACCACGGUGGUCAUUACCACCUCCGUGAUCCUCUUCAAAGAGUGGUUCAGCAUGUCUGCCGUGGACAUUGUGGGCACUAUCUCUGGAUUUGGAGCCAUAGUCCUUGGUGUCUUCAUGCUGCAUGUCUUUAAGGACCUGGACUUCAACCUCAGCAAUCUGCCACGGGCACUCAAGGUGCAGGACAGGGUGUGUGCAACUCCUAUGCUGAAAUUAGAUGACAAACACAUCCUUGUGGAGAGUACAGACAACGCAGUGUUGACUGAGGACAAGUCAAGGGUCUUUGUCAUCUAUGGGUGAAGGGUCUGGGCUGAUGAACAAUUUAAAUGUGACCAUAAAGGCCAGACUUGAGUGGACUAAUUGUACAUAGCAGGCCCCUUGACCCACAAUGAGUGGACUAAUUGUAGAUUCCAGGCCCCUUGACCCACAAUGAGUGGACUAAUUGUACAUAGCAGGCCCCUUGACCCACAAUGAGUGGAUUAAUUGUAGGUUCCAGGCCCCUUGACCCACAAUGAGUGGACUAAUUGUAGGUUCCAGGCCCCUUGACCCACAAUGAGUGGACUAAUUGUAGAUUCCAGGCCCCUUGACCCACAAUGAGUGGACUAAUUGUAGAUUCCAGGCCCCUUGACCCACAAUGAGUGGACUAAUUGUACAUAGCAGGCCCCUUGACCCACAAUGAGUGGACUAAUUGUAGAUUCCAGGCCCUUUGGCCCACAAUGAGUGGACUAGGAAACAAAUGGUUGUCACAUCGAACGUAGAACACUGUAGCAUAUUACAGGGCUGUUGGCCCACCAUGUUGUGCCAACCUUUUAACUUACCCUAAGAUCAAUCUAACCCUUCCCUCCUACAUAGCCCUCCAAUUCUCUAUCAUCCACGUGCCCAUUUAAGAGUCUCGUAAAUGUCCCAAAUGCACCUGCCUCCACCCCCUCCCCCAGCAGUGCGUCCCACACACCCCCAAUCCGUGUAAAGAUAACCUGUGAUGUUGGUCAUGUGUGUUGCAGAGUAUGCAUUAGGUGUGAUAAUGGCCACAGCAGUCACUGUGUCCAAGGUAUAAUGCCAUGGUUGGGUACACUGCAAUAAGCUCCUUACCCCACAGCCACUGAAAGGCCUUUCUGUGUCUGGGGAAAACACAAAAAAUAGAUGUUUCAUUUGUCACAUUUAUGUUGAUACAUCGAAACAUACAAGUGAAAUGUAUCGUUUGCAUCAAUAACCAGCACAGUCUGGAGAUGUGCUGGGGGCAGCCCACAAGUGCCAUGUUUCCGGUGCCAACAUAGCACGUCCACAACCCGCUAACCCUAACCCAUACAAGUUCAAGCUCAGUUUACUGUCACUCAUGUGUACCACCGAACGAAACAACAUUCCUCCGGACCAGGGUGCACAACACCGUACAUAUAACCCACACACAAUUGUACACAUGUGUACCACCGAACGAAACAACAUUCCUCCGGACCAGGGUGCACAACACCGUACAUAUAACCCACACACAAUUGUACACAUGUAUAUCAUCAAAUGAAUCAACAUUCCUCCAGACCAGGGUGCACAACACUGUACAUAUAACCCACAUACCAAACACAUAAAGUAGUAUUACUACAAAUAAAGUAACAGAUAAUAAAGUUACACAUCUUUGGAAUGUGGGAGGAAACCAGAAUGCCCCAAGGAACCCAUGCAGUCAUGGGGAGGAUGGACAAAGUCCUCACAGACAGUGGUGAUGCUGAACCUGGGUUGUGGACACUGUAACGUGUUGUACUAACUGCUGCUCUAGCACGCCACCCAUGACAGGAGUGUGGUGGAUACUCUGUAGUGACCUGGGUGAACAUGGCUGUUAUGUGAUGGAAGAGGUAGUCACUGAGACUGGGCAGGGUUUACCCUUGGAGUGCACCUCUGUCAAAUGCCUUGCAGUUCUCCAGCUCACCCUGCCCACCAAACCCUUCCCAACUCCGUGACACCCACCAAACCCUUCCCAACACCGUGAAGACCACCAAACCCUUCCCAACUCCGUGACACCCACCAAACCCUUCCCAACUCCGUGAAGAC